UUAGUGUCAGCUUGUUAAAGAAACCCAAACGUGUGAAAUUUAUACGAUGCAAAUCUGCACCUAUUCAUAGCACCUGUUGAUUUAUAGCAGCCCUAUAAAGAGGAACAAUCCGAGCAACAUGGGUUCACCACUUCACCAUUGAUACUCAUGAGCUAUCUAAUCUUCACUUUGCGAUGCAGUCCCGAUAAACAAAAUAUCCUUUGAUUCCUUUCCAUAUAUUAUUAUUAUUAUUAUUAUUAUUAUUUUUUUUUGGAUAAGCCAGUAUAUUCAAUAUCUUUCUCUCUCACAACCUCAGACGCAUAUUUUGGAAUGGAUUCCAGCAUCAACCAAACAACUCACGAAUUCCCACCCUACUUCAAAGUACACAGAGAUGGCCGCAUAGAGAGGUACGGGGUCCCUGACUAUUUUUCUACUGGUCUAGACCCCAAAACCCAGGUGCAAUCCAAGGACGUCGUCGUGUUAUCCGAAUCCGGCGUUUCGGCCCGGCUCUUCCUCCCAAAAGUGAACGGCCCAGAUCCCAAGUUGCCACUCGUCGUUCACUACCACGGUGGAGGCUUCUGCAUCGGAUCGCCUUUCGUCGAGACAUUCCAUAAUUUUCUUCUAUCUCUCGCCUCAGCGGCACAUGCUGUUGUUAUCUCCGUCGACUACAGGCUUGCCCCGGAGCACCCUCUACCAACUGCGCAUGAGGACGCGUGGGCCGCACUGCAGUGGAUCGCUACCCACUCGAAGGGGCAAGGACCCGACCCGUGGCUGAACGAGUAUGCGGAUUUCGGGCGGGUUUUCUUGGCGGGCGAGAGCGCUGGGGCCAACAUAGCCCACUACGUGGCUGUUCAGGCUGGCGCGACCGGGUUGGAUGGCCCGAACAUUAUUGGGUUACUCAUGGUGCACCCAUUUUUCGGUGGUAAAGAGCCUAGUAAAAUGUACGGUUUUAUGUGUCCAACGAGCGCCGGGUUCCAUGACCCGAUAAUGUACCCGGCAGUGGAUCCGAAAUUGCCGAGUAUGGCGGGUACGAAGGUCCUGGUUUGCCUGGCAGAGAAAGAUUCGUUGCGAGAUAGGGGGUUGGAUUAUUGUGAGACAUUGAGUAAGAGUGGGUGGGGCGGGACCGUGUCAUUAUAUGAAACGGAAGGAGAGGGGCAUGGCUUUUUUCUGUUGAAUCCGAGUAGUGACAAGGUGGAGCCCCUGAUCAAGGCCAUGGUUGAUUUCAUAAAAUUGGGCUGAGAGUUAUUAAUUAUAUCCGGGCAGGUGAGAAUGUGACAUCCCUUACGCACCUACCUUUUUAUAUGCGGAGUGGGGCUCAUUUGAGGUGGGUCCCACUCUAAGUAAUAAGGAGAGUGUGUAAUGAAUGUGUAUUGAGUAAGUGUGUAUUGGAUGUUUUAUUUUAUCUUUUUCCUUAUAUCUUUUCUCUUUGUAUUGGGUGUUUUUUUUUAUAUGAUGCAAGAAGUUAAAUUAUGUAUGAGAUAAAUAAAUAUAUAAAUAAAUAAUGUCUUUGUA